AUCUGUAUCUACUAUCUAGGCGCUGUAUGUACAUACUUUAUGUACCGACAGCAACUCUGUUUUGUUUCUGCCGUUUUCUGUUACGACAAAGCCAUUUUUACAGUAGGCUUGGUACAAAGACAGUUGAGGAACGAUAAGCUUCCUCCAUCUGAUGCUCAAUCUCUUCCUCAGAUCAUUAUCGCCAAAACCCCUCACAAACCCAUCCUCCGUAUCCACUCUCUCCUCACUCCACACUCGCUCUCUCUUACCCCACAAAGACAAACCCAACAACUGGAACACAACCCACUCCUUGGUCCUCUCAAACCCCUUACUUUCUCUCUUAGAAACAAAAUGCACUUCCAUGACCCACUUGAAGCAAAUCCAAGCCCAAAUGACAACAACCGGCUUGAUAUCAGACGGGUUCGCUUCGAGCCGGUUGGUUGCCUUUUGUGCCAUCUCAGAAUCUGGUAAUCGGGAUUAUUGUCAAAAGAUAUUGAGAAAUACCCAGAACCCUAAUGUGUUUUCUUGGAACGUAGCCAUUAGAGGGUUUUCAGAUAGCGAAAACCCGAAAGAAUCUGUUCUGUUGUACAGAGAUAUGUUGAGAAGUGGUGGGACUAGGCCUGACAAUUACACUUACCCUUUGUUGCUCAAAUCUUGUGCUCGAUUAUUGUUGCGUUGGAUUGGUCAUGGAAUUCUAGGGCAUGUUAUACAAUUGGGUUUUGAUUUGGAUGUGUAUGUGCAUAAUGCGGUUAUUCACAUGUUGGUCUCAUGUGGAGAAUUAGAUUUGGCACAUAAGGUGUUUGGUGAAAGUUGUGUGAGGGAUUUGGUUUCUUGGAAUUCUUUGAUUAAUGGAUAUGUUCGUAGUGGGAAAGCGCAUCAAGCAUUGAGGAUUUAUAAAGAAAUGGAGGCAGAGGGAAUUCGAGCAGACGAGGUUACAAUGAUUGGAGUAGUUUCGGCAUGUGCCCAGUUAGAGAAGUUGGAUCUUGGAAGAGAAUUUCAUCACUUUAUUAUGGAAAACGGAUUGAGUGUAACCAUUCCACUUGCUAAUGCGCUCAUGGACAUGUACGUGAAAUGUGGGAAUCUAGGGGAAGCAUAUUUGUUGUUUGAAAAGAUGGAAAAGAAAACUGCGGUAUCUUGGACUACGAUGAUUGUAGGAUAUGCCGAAUUUGGGCAUUUGGAAGUUGCUCGGAGGCUUUUUGAUGAAAUGGAAGAGAAAGAUGUUGUUCCGUGGAACGCCAUGAUAGGUGGAUAUGUUCAUGCCAAGCGUUGUAAGGAGGCACUGGCUCUGUUUCAUGAGAUGCAAACUAGGAACUUGAAGCCAAAUGAGGUGACUAUGCUUCAUUGCUUAUCUGCUUGCUCACAACUAGGAGCACUUGAUGUUGGAAGAUGGAUUCAUCGUUACAUUGAGAGGCAAAAACUUUCUCUGAAUGUUUCCUUAGGCACUGCUUUAGUGGACAUGUAUGCAAAGUGUGGUAAUAUUGCGAAGGCACUUCAAGUGUUUCAUGAGAUUCCAGAAAGAAAUUCUUUGACUUGGACAGCAAUAAUUGGUGGUUUAGCCCUUCAUGGGAAUGCAAAGGAUGCCAUAUCCUACUUUUCGGAGAUGGUUGACAUUGGUUUGAUGCCAGAUGAGGUCACAUUUCUUGGGCUGCUAUCAGCUUGUUGUCAUGGAGGUUUGGUUAAAGAGGGUCGUAAACAUUUCGUCCAAAUGCAUUCCAUGUUUAACCUGUCCCCCAAGGUUAAACACUACUCUUGCAUGGUUGACCUUCUUGGUAGGGCUGGUUUCUUGAAAGAGGCAGAGGAGCUUAUUAAAAGCAUGCCAAUGGAGGCGAAUGUUGCAGUGUGGGGGUCGUUGUUUUUCUCUUGUCGUGUUCACGGAAACAUUGAAAUGGGAGAAAGGGCAGCUAGAAAACUACUUGAGUUGGAUCCUCAUGACAGUGGAAUUUAUGUGUUGCUCGCGAAUAUGUAUAGGGAGGCCAAAAUGUGGGAGGAGGCUAGGAAAGUGAGGAAGCUUAUGGGAGAGAGAGAUGUGGAGAAAACUCCUGGUUGCAGCUCAAUUGAGGUGAAUGGUAGUGUUUUUGAGUUCAUUGUUAGAGAUAAGUCACAUCUCCAAUCGGAGCAGAUUUUUGAAUGCUUAGGUCAAUUAACAAGACAGCUAGAGUUUGUUGGUUGUGGAACUGAUAUUCUUCCUCUUGGCUCUGAAUCUUGGAAUUUAAUUUGAAGAAUCUGGUCAGUUAUAUCU